AUGAUGGCCUUGACUUCACAACCAUGGCUCUCGAUCAACCCGUCCAGUUCUAUCACAGCAUUAUCAAUUCCUAUUUACAACAGAUUCAUGACGACUCUAUCUUCUCUGCCGUCUCUGCCCGCGAAGCAUUCGCAAUUCCUCCAAUAUGUCGCCUCCCAUCCAAACACUCCAAUGCCAGAGCUCGUCAGGCCAUACAACGACUACGAUGCGCAGCUACGCAAGAUCUUCGCCCAGGAGCCGACCCAUCCUGCCGUGGCCGAUAAUAUCGUCAAUAUAGUUCCCCUCUUCGACGCCAAUGGCUCGGCCGACGUUCGAAUCCGCGCUCGUGAUCUGGCUUCUGAGUCGGAAACGACGCGGUCCAAAUACCUUAUGCCGCUGAAGGACGAACACCGCAAGCCCACCGGUGUGCCGGCGGUUGUCAGCCACAUCAAGAAUUUUCAGACGAAUUUCAAUAUCUUCUCGGAGAGCUCCUUGACCGACUUGGACUGGAACAAUGUCGUUGCCGCGGGCAGUGCCGUCGCAACUUCUCUCCUUCCGGUGCCAGAUAAAUACAGCGACUCGAAGCGUGGCAUGCGCCAGUUCUACCAUGAAGAGUUUGCCCCCGCGUCGGAUGUGGACCUUUUCCUUUACGGUUUGACCGAGGACCAGGCGAUUGAGAAGAUCAAGCAGAUUGAACGGUGUAUCAGAGACUCGAUCCUCACUGAGGUGUCGACGAUUCGGACCAAGAACGCCAUCACUAUUGUCUCGCAGCACCCUACGCGGCACGUCCAGAUUGUUCUCCGCCGGUACAAGUCCAUUGCCGAGAUCCUGACCGGGUUCGACGUGGACUGUUCGUGCGCUGCGUACGACGGAAGCCAGGUCUACCUUGCGCCGCGUGCGGUGGGCGCCUUCAUUACGCAGGUCAACCAGAUUGAUCUGACCCGACGAUCGCCUUCGUACGAGAAUCGCCUUUCCAAAUACUCCCACCGCGGCUUUGAGAUUUUCUGGCCGGACCUCGAUCGUUCUCGGAUUGACCCGUCCAUCUUCGAGCGCAGCUUUACGCGUACUGUCGGCCUCGCGCGCCUUCUGGUGCUUGAGAAGCUGCCCAAGUCUUCGGAUCGUGAAGAGUACCUGGCGCAGCGACGCAAGGAGCGUGGGCGACCCCCGCCAAAUACAUUUUAUCGACCGAACAGGCUUGCUGGGAACAUUAAAAAUGACUGGCAGGACGAAAUCGCGGAAUGGGUGGAUGAGGAUGAGGUGUCCGACUACCAUACCUUUACAAUCCCCUAUGGGCCGAAAUACCACGCGCGGAAAAUCGAGAAAUUGCUGUACACCAAAGAUCUUCUUCUCAAUGCGGAAUGGAACAAACCGAAAGACCGCGAGGUUAACCUGCACCGACAUCCUGCGUUCUUCGGCAGGGCAGAGGAUGUGAUGCACGAUUGCUGCGGGUUCUGUCCGAAGCCAACAACGUCGGAGGAGGAGGAAGUUGCGGCGGAAGAGAGCAAGAUCUACAUAUCAGGUGAUGUAUCAUUUCUCAGCGACAACCCCGGCCGCCAGGAGAUCGGCAGUUUCAAUCCCAUCACGGACACGGACUGGACCGAAAUGGCCUACGUGGGAAACACUGCCGGAUUAUGUCAGGCAAUCGUCGACAAUGACCUCGAAGAGGUGCAGCGCUGGCUCGCUCAGGGUGAGAUUGAUGUAAACCGACGUGACCAUACUGGACGGACACCAUUGCAUUUGGCCUGCAUGACGUCUACGCCUGAAAUUGUUCAGCAUCUCGUGGACAGAGGGGCCCGCCUGAUCGCUCGUCUCGCAGACGGACGUACAGCAUUGCAUCUGGCAGCCGCGCGAGGGAGCGUCGAGAUUGUUCGCAUUCUUCUGACUAAGAGCGAGCAGAACGAGGAGGAGGAGUCUCGAAAGGAAAACGCUCAGAAAGCGGCUCGCAAGGUGAAGAAAGAUGAUGCCUCGGAGAACAGCGACGAGGAAAUGUUUGAUGUUUCAUCAGAUGAGGAGGACUCGUAUGCCCAUUCAAACACAACAGGCUCAUUCGUCAAAGUCAAGAAGGAACAAGAUGACGAACAAGCCGUUGCCCCCGACGACGCUGACGAGCUCGACCCAGAUAUCUACGAUAUCAAUGUUUUGGCUUGGGACAACAAAGCAUCGCCCCUCCACCUGGCGAUUCUGAACGGCCAUGUCGCAGUUGUUGACGAACUGGUGACUUCAUUCGGCGCGGAUGUUUUGCUUCCGGUGAAGCUGGUACACAGUUACAGCAACUCCCCAAGAGCAGCUAUCUUGACGCUCGUUUUGGCGAUGCGCCUUCCUCUUGACGCUGCAAAGGCCAUGACCGAGAAGCUUCUCCAGGUCGGGGCAUCUCCUGCCCAAGCAGACAUAAACCAAAAAACCGCCCUCCAUUACCUCGCUCACUACGGCCGGCACGAGCUCCUGGAUAUAUACAAGCAGUAUGACCAGCCUGCAGUCGACCGGGCGAUCAAUCAUCUUUCGACAACGGGCUCAUACUACAGUUUUAGCGCCGUAUCACCACUGACGCAUGCUAUUACAGCCAAAGACCGCACGAAGGUUAUGAAGCUAUUGGAAAUGGGUGCCCAUCCGGCUAUCAGUUUGGAGGAUUAUUUAAAAGCUGCCAAGUCUCUGGAAUAUAGCCUGGGCAACCACCCAUCCGUGGUAGACCACAAAAGGGAGUUUGAGCUGAACAUUUUGCAACCCGUGAUUCUUGCAAUCGAGCUGGAUAUGCCUCUUGUGGCUGCGGAGCUGCUCGCUCGUGGCGUAGACCCAAAUACCCUCACCAGAGACGGGUAUAGGGUGCUCAGGAAUGAGUGGUCGCGGAACGACACAUCCGGCUCCUCGCUCUUGGACUAUGUCCAGGCAAAAGUUACGGCCUUGCGCAAGUACAAGGGCGAGAAGGUCUGUGCACAGAAGCCCAUCGAGUUAGACCCCGACGACAGCACAUACCUCCAAGGCCUGCAGGAAGACACUUAUAAGAUGUGGCUGGCGAGGGAGUCGCUGCGUCAGAAGAGGGAGAGAUUUGCGAAAGAACAGAAGAUAUAUGAGGAUGACGUCAAAGAGAAGGAGAAUGGCGAGGGCAUCGCAGAGAAGAAGGCCGCCAUUGAGGCUUUGUUGGCGGACUACGAGAAGCUGGAAACAACUUUGCUUUCCAAAGGCGCAAAGACUUUCAAGCAGCUUCACCCGGACAUUGACUACCCUCUCAAUAAUCCUCGACAAAGCAGACCGUACCGCAGUCCCCAAUUGGAGCCCUACAAGACACACUUUGGUUUCCAUGUGGAACUCUGCACAGACGAGAUAAAGGAAGGCUAUCUGCAACUAUUUGAGGCCGCUUGGGUUGGAGACAUAGAAACCAUCAAAUCACUCACGUUAUCCAAUUGGGGACCGGAAAACCAACAGCCGCCGCUCGAGAUUGGAGUCACGGAUCUCAGCAAUUACUCUGCUUUCACGCUUGCAGUGAUCAGAGGACACUAUGAGGCGGCAAAGGCUAUAAUCGCCAUAUCAAUUGCCCAGUUCAAGCCAGGCGAGCAACAGAAAAAUACGCGUUAUCGGAUUGCAGAUAUUGAUGAGGAUUCCGAUGCAGACUCGGAGGAUAUUGAACUGGAAACCCAUGUUGUCGAUGACCAAUUCACUAUCGAGGAUAUCGGCGAGAAGAAGAAUCAGGUCGAGAGCAAGAUCUCACCAGAGACAAUACUCCAGGGCACAUGCAGCCUCAAGCUCUUUCUAGGCGGAAUUCAGGAACUGGAUAAUAGACGCAUCAGCUUAUUGGAGUAUGCAAUCUGGAAAGACGACAUCGAGCUUCUCAAAUUUCUUAUCACACUUGGCCAGGAACUCAGUGCUAGGAAGAACGACAAACAUCACUCCGAGAUUUAUAGUAUCUCUCACCACGAUUUCAACCUGGCAAUGAGACUCGGACGGGUCCGGUUAUUGGAGGAAAUGAUCAAGCGCACUGGCGCCGGUCUUCCCAUUGACAAGCUUGCCGAGAAUAGCGGUGUUGAGGUUAAAGAGAAGCCAAAGUAUUAUCAGGGCCUUUCGGUACACGGAAAGAAGCGCGCGGACUGGGCUGCUGCUGGCGGAGGUAUGCCUGUGACGCGGGCCAUUGAUAUGAGCCCUCCACUCCUGCUUGCUGCCAGGAAGGGAAACCUAGCAGUUGUUGAGUGGUUCUUGGGAACUGCCCCUGGACGAUACUACACCGAAUUUGCCAGGACGCAUAGGAAAGACCCGAGGUUGAGAAAGCUUUCUAUGUCCGCAAAGGGGGCGGAACAGUCGAUUCUGGAGUGGCUAAGCUCGAGACGCGAUCUGGUCCUGCACUGCGCCAUCUUGUGUGAUGAUAUAACGGACGAAUCCAACGCCCUUGUCGAAUAUCUCGUCAAAACUAUGCCGCAAUGUCUCGAAGUCAGAUCUCUAGACGACUACACUCCCCUCGGCCUCGCCUUCCAAACGCACCAUCUGACCGCAGCCAAAAUUCUUAUCGCUGCUGGCGCCGACCAAACCGUGCGCUGCAAGGACGGCAUGAACCUGAUCCACCUCGCCCUUUCACCCAAACGAGCUCGCAAAGAAGUCACACUAUCCGACAUGCUCAGUUUGAUCGACCCUCGUCUCUUCCCCUCUAUGCUCACAGAACGCUGCUCGUCGCACCAGGGCUCUCUCACCCCGCUCGCACUUUGGAUGACAAGACACCACCAUAGCGACCGAAAUGCCGAACGCAUCCUCCAGACAAUCCUUGAUCUUGCCGAGCCAACUGGCCAGAAACACCUCGAGCUCCUUGAUGGCUCGGGCAACACUGUGAUCCACAGGGCCGUCAAUGAGCUGGAGUGCGGUGCACUCAAGGAGUUUCUCUCGCGGCGGCCUGAUCUUCUCCAUCGCGAAAACGCGGUCGGUACAACACCCGCUGAGUUGGCGGAGAACAGAUGGGUCGCGAAAAUGACGUCCGACCCGCCGAUCGCGCCGCAUCCGAGCCGAUACUGCUCGUACCAGAAUAUUGACCUCAGCAAUUGCAGUAUUUUGUACAAGUGGCCAAGAGAGUUUGCCAAGAAGGACAAGCCUGCCGGGUACUCGAAGACUUGGACAGAGCGCGACGCGCAUGGGAUUUGCACGGAGAUCUGGAAGCAGCAGAGAGGUGCGAAGCGGAAGCUUGUUAGUCUGUUUGACGCAAACGAGGUUGCGAAAAGGUUGGCUGUGAGGGAGGGAAGUGACGCAAAUAGGAGGUAUAGGAGACGGAGAUAUCGACACAGCGAGAAUUAUGAAGAGGUGGAUGGGGAAUUGAAGGGUGAUGAGGUUAUGCAGUGGCUUUGA